GCGCUACUGCUGCCGCUGCCGCCGCUGCUGCUACCGCAGUGAGCCUGGGGAUCGCCGCCGCGUGCCCUUCCUCCCCGCCCCCAGCUGUGCCGCGUGCUGCGCUGAGGGAGGAGGGCGACCGAGGGUGCACGGUGCCAGCCUUCUCCGUCCCCAGACCCGUUGCCUUUCGGGCUGCACCGGUCCCUCGGUGUCAUUUCACUGCCCCCGGAUUCCCGCUCCCCUCCGCCCCCUUCCCGGGCCAAACAUGAUAUUGACCAGGGCCCAGUACGAGGAGAUAGCUCAGUGCCUCGUGGCUGUGCCCCCUACCAGGCAGAGCCUGAGGAAGCUGAAACAGAGGUUUCCCAGUCAAUCGCAGUCCACUCUGCUGAGCAUCUUCUCCCAGGAGUACCAGAAACAUAUAAAGAGAACGCAUGCUAAACAUCAUACUGUGGAGGCUAUCGAAAAUUAUUACCAGAGGUACCUGAGUGGAGUGCUGAAAGAUGGAACAGCCCCUGUGCUUUUGGAGCUGGCCAAUGAGGUGGACUAUGCACCUUCAUUGAUGGCUCGAAUUAUACUGGAAAGGUUCCUACAAGAGCAAGAAGAAUCUCCACCCUCCAAGUCCAUUAUAAAUAGUAUGCUGCGGGACCCUUCUCAGAUUCCAGAUGGAGUUCUAGCAAAUCAGGUCUAUCAGUGUAUCGUGAAUGACUGCUGUUAUGGACCAUUGGUAGGCUGCAUCAAACACGCCAUUGGGCAUGAACAUGAAGUCCUGCUGAGAGACUUGCUUCUAGAGAGAAACCUGUCCUUCCUAGAUGAAGAUCAACUCCGUGCAAAGGGUUAUGACAAAACACCAGACUUUAUUUUAGAAGUGCCAGUCGCUCUAGAAGGGCACAUAAUUCACUGGAUUGAAAGCAAAGCCUCAUUUGGUGAUGAAUGUAGCCACCAGGCCUACCUGCACGACCAAUUCUGGAGCUACUGGAACAGAUUUGGUCCUGGGUUAGUGAUCUACUGGUAUGGAUUCAUUGAGGAGCUGGAUUGUAACCGAGAAAGAGGCAUCUUACUCAAAGACUGCUUCCCCACCGACAUUGUCACCCUAGGCCAGAGCAUAGCCCAGCCCUGACCAUCCUGGAAAUGACGCGGGGAGGAAAAGGUGAAUCCGGAAGCUAUUUGACUUUCCUGCAGUAUAAACUGCUGGCAACAUCUGCCCUGAACUUCAGCUGAACUCCUGCUGCCCGUGGUCACACCAGUACCUCUUCAGACAAAUAUCAAGAGUUUCUGUUUUGUUUCAUCCCUGGUUGAUGUGAGCAGCCAAGAACUACAGACAUAACCCACUCAUUAUCAGCAUUUCUGUCUCUGUCAAACAGUUGGUUUAUAGAUAGUCAUAAUCUUUCUUCCUUCCGGAUGGUUUCUCCUUGCCUGUAGAACAAAAGAAAAAAUGUGGAGGCUGAAAGGUGUGAUUUUCAAUUCUCCUCCUGGUUGCAGAAUCACCCCCAUUAUUAAUUUUUUUCAAAGUUUCUAUUCAUUUUCUCUCCCUUCUCCUUUUCUCUUCCCAUACACAUAUAGAUAACCAGUAUUUUGUUAAGGUAAUGGGCAGAUUUAGUUCAAAAUGAGAACUCCUUCCCCCUCCUCCACCCAAAAAGCUAAGAAAUGAUAUAUAAAAAUAUGAUUUCACUGUUAAUUAAAACAGUCCAUUGUCAUCAAGGUGGCACAGGACACAAGGCAAGAGCUGUGCUUAGGGGCUACAUUGUCCACGCUGAACAGAAUUUCCUGACUUGAGUGGCAUUCGGCCAAGCUGUGAGCAACAUUUUAUGUGAAUUUCCUCUUUUUUACAGGAACAUCUGAACAUCAAAAGUGUUUAUGGUGAUCAAUUUCAAUGUAUUUUUCAGCACUACAAUUAUAGUGCAUCUACAUCACACUGAUAUUAGAGAUUGACAUUUGAAGGGAAGUAACUUAGAUCCAAUUAGGGGUUCUGUCAAAAAAUUAUUUCAAAAUAUCCUGAGGGAAAACAGGUAUGUUGUCCAAUGCUUAUGGAAAUAAAAAAAUGAAAACCAAAUUCUGCCCUCUUUUUCUACUUCCUUCUCUGAUUAAGCAAAUUGCCCUAAUAAUCCUAAAAACCUAUUUGUAGUUCAUUAUAAAAUUUUUUAAAUCUUAUCACAAUCCCCACGAUUGUACUACAGAAGUUCUCUUUUAAGAAGUGGACAUUUAAAGCUAAGGAAGAAAUGGAUAGAUCACACAAGAAAAAAAAAAACAAAACAAAAAACCAUUAUGUGUCUAGGUAUUGUUUCUAGUUGUCAUCAUUUGAAAGAAAGGAGAGAGGAAAGAACACUCUUCGCUGGUCUGCCCCACUGUUUUCCUCUUUUAAUUAGAUACCUUGUAGAGCAGGUUUCAUUCUACAAGCAAAAUACCAAAAGAUGAAUUAUAACCCUCUCAUUUGGAAAUGCAAGACCAUCCAGUUACACCCUUAGCCUCCGUGAGUAGUCAAGGUGUAUCAGUUCCCAUGAUGACAGAUUAAUUUCUAAGCAGAGUCGUUCUUGUAAAUAUGUCGCUUUGAAAAUAUUAAUUAAAAUGU